CAUAGCAAGCCGGAUUCUUCGGCGAGAAAUGAACGACCUGAGACAUCUGGCGUUCGGAAGACUCUUCGCGAAUUUCCUUUAUCUUCAUCAUCUCCUUCAGUCAAUUGAUACCAACACGGCGUAUUGGGGACAGUCUCACGGGCGAGAUUUGUCAUGCAUUUGAGAUUUCUACUGUAUCAACGAAACGGCGUCGCGGUGGCUGCAUUUUGUCGGAAGCGGCGUCAUCUGGAUUUUUGGGGGAGGGAUUGGAGCUGCUGCUGUUUUCUGCCGUUUCGGCAAUUCUUACGCUUUGGACGAGUACACAGAUUUCCUUUUUGUCAUCGCACAGGAUGUGCAGGAACAUCGGGGCACCUAUUGGGAGGAAUUUUUUCGGUGAUGGGCCCGCGAUUGGACUGGCUUCUGACCCUCGGGUCAAAGCUGAACAGCAAAAAAGUUAAGGUGGUGGUGGUGGUGGGCGUGGCGCAAUUGAUUACGUUGGGUGCGUCAGCAAAAAGGACUUGGGAAAUGAAUAGUGAUACCAACUGCAGUAACCUUCCUCCACACACGCAGAAAAUGGACGUCCCUCUCGGGACAAUUCUCCCGUCUUGACCGUUCCCAUCUCCCGAAGUAUUUUUCUCUCCUGUUGCUUGGUCGUGUACGGCCAAGCUCUACAUGCGGUAUUGCAAUGACCAAAUAGGAGCCGUUAUCACGAGAUCGCCCGU